AUUAGCCAAUCAUCGAGCAGAAGGCGGGAUUUGUGCCUCGAUCCAGGAAGUGGUUGAGCGUGUGUCCCCGAAAUGUAGUUUUUAAUUUUACGUUAUUUUUUUUUAUUUACCGCCCCUAAAACAUUACCAUUACGUUACCAUUACAUCUGAUUUCAGAACAAAGCUAUAGAUUAUUCCGACAUAUUUUUCAAGCGGUAUUAAAUUCCUCUUAAUUCUGUGUUAUAGCACUGAGACAUCAUGGAGUUUCCAGAAGGCUUUAACCAGCUGGAGCUGUUAGAAACCCACGGCCACAUGAUCCCCGUGGGGACGGAGAGCGCCUGGGACGAGGAGGAAGACGAGGAUGAGGAGGAUGAUGAUGAAGAGCAGCAGAGUGAGGAGUGGUACCAACAACAGGAGCUCAAACGGAAAGACAAUCCGGUGGAGCUGAUGCUCUGGGCUGCUGAGAAGAACCGACUGUCCACGGUGGAGCGUCUGGCUGCGUCCGAUCCGUCCCUCGUUAACUGCUGUGACGCUGACGGUUACACACCUCUCCACCGCGCGUCGUACAGCGGCCACGCGCUCGUCGUGUCGUUCCUCCUGGACUCGGGUGCUGAUCUACACGCCAGGACGGUGGACGGCUGGACGCCUCUGCACAGCGCCUCCCGCUGGGGACACGCCGCCAUCGCAUCAUGUCUCCUGCGCCGGGGGUCAGAGGUCAACGCCGUGACAAACGGUCAGCUUACACCCCUGCAGCUGGCGGCGGGAAACCCUGCAGCACUGCAGACCCUCGAGCUUCUGCUGUCUCAGCGCACCCUACAGGCGGGACUGAGGAACAGCGCCGGGGAGACGGCGUACGACAUCGCGCUCAGGAAAACGGCGCACUACGGCCUGUUCGAGAUCGCCGAGCCGUGCAACAACGUCUACUGAGAUCCGGUUAUACGCUUUUUUCCCGAAAAAAGGAGAGACGCCUGAAAGGAAGGAAAGAAAGAAACAUGGACAGAAAUGUUGCUCUGACUGAAGAAUUGUUUUUAGUAAUGAAACUCAAUAUUACUAGGGAUGCAUCGAUACUGACACAGUAUCAUUCCGAUAUCGUGCUCAUUUACUCGCAAAAACAAUUCUCCAAUACCAGCAUGUAACACCAGGUGGUGCUGUGCGAUCUAACCCUAUAGUGUACGCUAUUGCGCUGCUAUUGAUCAGCGACAUCGAGAGAAUCCGACUCAAUGAAAACAAAAGCGUAAUUUACUUCCAGCUGAACAGAAACGCUUUUCCGAUUGAAGCAAAUGUAGGAGUGUAGCUAGCUAACGCACUUCAUUUUUAUUAUAAUCAACUGGCUAAGGUUGUAAAGGAGGAGUCUGGUAGCUGAAGGUAGCUGAAGUGCGUGAACACGCACCUGCCGCAGUUUAAACCGUGGAAACGUAAACAGAGUGAAAUAAAACGUCACUGAUGGAUUAAUACUCAGUAGGUUACUCAUUUCAGUGUCGGUACUGAUGAGCACCAAAGAACUCGUACUCUGUGAUAGAAGGGUAUUAAUGCAUCCCUAGUUUUUCACUAAAAAACUGUAAUAAAAAGGAAAUAUAAUGUUGCUGCAUGUCGUGUUUACGCACAGUCUUGCGUCCUAAUGCAUGAUUUAUUGAUGAUUUAUUUACACGGGGAAAAGGACAGCAGGGUGUGUCUCGUCUUUCAGUCCCAAAAACAUACGAGCCAAGCAGCGAACCCUGUGGAACCCCAUCGUGUGGAACCCGUCUAUAUGUCAUGUCCUGAGUGACAGUAACACUAAUAAAGCACUGAUAAAGUCUGAAUUCAUGAUGGUUAUUUGGACAACCAAUAAAUAACCAACAGGAAAUGAA